AUGCUCGUCCUUACGGGCAGCAACGGCAAUCUGGGCUCGCGGGUGCUGAGUUCCAUACUCGAUCUAAACCUGAUCCCACCGUCUGAACUGAUCAUCUCUUCGAGCAACCCUGACCAUGUCUCGUCGAGAGCGAAGAAUGCGGGCAUCGAAAUCCGGAGAGGCGAUUUCACGUCACCCGAGUCCCUGGCAUCGUCGUUCAAAGGAGCCGACGCGCUCUUCUUGGUGUCGUUCCCAUCACCAGCCGUCGACCGCUGGCUUCACCACAAGAAAGCGAUCGACGCGGCCAAAGCCUCGGGCGUCAAGACCAUCAUCUACACGAGCCUGAUGUUUGGUGGCGAGACUGGCCUGCAGUCCGUCGCCGGUGUCCAACAGGCCCACAUCAAGACCAUCGAGUACUUGUCUCAGAGCGGAUUGCAGUACAUCGUGAUCCGGGAGGGCAUCUACGCCGAGAGUUGGUGGCUUUAUGCCGGCUAUCAACCCAAGCAGUUCAGCAAGGGCGAUCAGAGUGCUCUGAGCUUCGUCAUACCCAACGACGGGCCGGUCGCCUGGGUCACCUGGGACGACCUCGGCGAGGGCACCGCGAGGAUCCUCGCCGAUUAUCAGAGAUAUGUCGGGCAGACGUUGCGCCUGACUGGUCCCAGGGCAACUACCAUCAAAGACGUGGCCAAGCUUUGGGAACGCCACACGGGGAGGAAGGCCGAGGUGCGAUUGGUCGGCAAGGAGGAAGCGGAGACGUAUCACAAGUUCGAGAAGAAGAGUCUUCCCGAAGACGCCUUUUGGGUCCUGGAGAGCUGGGCGGGUUGGCAUGACGGAUUGGCUCAGGGGGAAGCCGAGGUGGUCGAUCCCCUGCUCGAGAAGUUGUUAGGUAGACAGCCACUGGGUAUCGAAGAGAUGGCAGAAACAUUGUUCACACCAGUGUAG